AUGAUAAGGCAGUGGCCACAGGUGAGUUUUGUGGAAUGAAAUCCGAACGUACAGCAAACGGAAGGAUCGGAUACACUGGAAAUGACUGUUUUGGUAGUACCAAAGACAAGUAUGGAGAAGAAGAGAGGGCACAACAGUCUUUUUAAUAUCCUCAAAUUAGGAGUAUCUGAUAUCAAAUAUCUGAGGAGAAAGAAUUCUUGUGCCAAAUCAAGAUCAAUUAGCUUAUCAGAAGGUUCUAAGAACUUUCCUUUGCUAAGGAAGACAACUCAGGAAUCGACUCCUUACGGCAAAGUCGUUGGCCAUAAUAAGAUUAGAAGAAGAAUGGAUCCCAGGAUGCAGAAGCUCCAACAGCUUAUUCAAACUAAGAAGGUGCUCAAGUUACGCAGCAGAAUUUCUCAAAGUGGCACCAUUUGAAAUAAAAGCGUGCUAAUUCCAUCUACUCCAGAUCACCAAUUUGAACUGUUUAGUAAUCAAAGAAUCAAAGCAGAGCUUGGAGGAUCCAGAAAUAUUCACAUCUUUCCUCCCAAGACUAGCUUGCGUAAGCCCAAUGAUUCCAUGACAAAACCUUGAUUUUUGAGAUCUCCAAAUUGGAAAUUAAGAAAAGGACUUCUUUACAGCAAAAAGCAGUUACAAAUCAAAGGGACUAAAUUUGACUCAAAUAUCAAGAAAUUUCGGUCUAAGUCAAGAUGCAUCUUCAAGAUGAGCAAGACUGAUUCUAUUUGGGCGGCACAUACCUAACCUAAUUUCUUAUCCACUCCUUACCCUACCCCCUCUCCACCGCAUGACCUAACUUUAAUUCCAAGAUAUCUUCCGGCUGGAAGCUUCUUUUCUGCCUGCAAAUCUUAACCUGACUUUUUCUUCCAGCUUGGGACUCCUAAAUCCUCAGACAUUGACUGACCUAAUGCAUACGUCAUUUUUAAUAAUUCAACUGU